ACGCACCGGAAUUAAGUUGAAGUUGAAAGUAGAAGUAGAACCGUCGCAUGGGAAAUCAUUUGAUUGAAAUCGAUAUGCCAUGAUUAUAAUGGUUUUUAAGCUAUAAUUAAUAAUAUGUGUGCGACGAUGUCCUACGGACCCGGUUUAACGAUAUGUGAUGACCGGAGAGAGGCCUGGUCAUGAAGGAAUAAAUGACAAAUUGGAAUGGUAGCCUGGCAGAUGACCUUGAGGAAACCAUAAAGUCCUGAAGGUUAUGACAUCACCGUGACAUCAUUUAGAUUUCCAGUGACAUCACCUACAAGAUCAGGUCAUCUAGACUGGCAGAGGAUCCUUUCUUCAUGGUCAGGUAUUUAUACAUGUCGCUGCUGGGCAGGAAAUGACGGAUUACAGAUUCUUUGACUGGGUCAUCGUCCGAUACCCGGAUCUGGUCACCAAGGUAACAUUCUCAACAUUGGACCAAUGAUCAGUCAGACGUGGUUCUUCCUUGUUGAUGUGAAAUCUACACUACUUUUCCUUUUUCUGGCAUUACAAAAUGAGGCUGAGAGAACUCUCCUGGAGGCCCUGGAGUUGGUCAACUAAAAUGGAUACAAGUCUUAUUCCUUAGACCUAUGGAAUCCAAUGUGAUGUUCCAAGCUUAUGGUACAAAGCAGGGAGCCCUUCACGGUCUGCUGAUCAGCACGCUUUAUCCCACUAAGGACCACCUCAAGCUGAAGCGCUUCCCGACUCAGUCAAGCAAGACUACAUAUGAGUGUUCACUCAGGUUUUGUAGGCAUUACAGAAGUUCUGGAAGGACCACAGAGAGGAGGAUAAGAUUCCUCCAGAUGCCUUCAGCUGUAUAGAACUGGUGCUUGACAAAGACAAAAAAUGAGAUAGGAAUGGUCGCCUGGCAGAUGACCUUGAAAACACCAGAAUAUCCUGAAGGUCAUGACAUCAUUGUGAUAUCCAAUGACAUCACCCACAAGAUUGGGUCAUUCGGACCAGUAGAGGAUCUUCUCUUCAAGAAAGCCUCAGAGAAAGCCAGAAGGGAGGGACUACCUUGUAUCUUUGUGUCUGCUAAUAGCGGGGCUUGGAUCGGGCUGGCUGAGGAAAUUAAACACUUGUUUAAAGUCGCCUGGUAUGACCCCAGCGACAUAGAGAAGGGUUUCAAAUUUCUUUACCUGACCCCAGUAGACUUUAAGAAAGUUAGUGCCAUGAAUUCCGUACACGCUGAAUUAAUUGAAGAUGAAGGAGAGCCACGAUACAAGAUCAUUGACAUAAUUGGUCGGGAGGAAGGUCUUGGGGUGGAAAAUCUGAGAGGGUCCGGAAUGAUCGCUGGUGAAUCGUCUAUAGCUUACAACGAGAUUGUCACCAUCAACCUGGUUACCUGUAGAGCUAUAGGUAUAGGGGCUUACCUGGUCAGACUUGGGCAGAGGACUAUACAAGUAGAAAACUCUCACAUCAUUCUCACAGGGGCUGGUGCCCUUAAUAAGGUGCUAGGGAAGGAGGUAUACACCAGUAACAACCAACUGGGAGGCAUUCAAAUUAUGUACACUAAUGGAGUCACACAUGAUGUCACAGCUGAUGACUUUGACGGAGUCUACAAGAUCAUACAGUGGCUGUCUUACAUGCCUAAGUGUAAAGGUUCCCCAUUACCAAUAUUGGAAACAGGAGAUCCUAUAGACAGAGAGGUGGAAUUUGUCCCCACAAAGGCCCCUUAUGACCCCAGGUGGAUGUUGAACGGCAGGCAGAAUCCAGAUGACAAGAAUUGCUGGCAGAAAGGUUUCUUUGACCACAAAUCUUUCCACGAAAUUCUACAACCUUGGGCACAAACUGUGGUUACAGGCAGAGCAAGGUUGGGAGGGAUUCCUGUGGGUGUGAUCUGUGUAGAGACCAGGACUGUGGAAAUGACCAUACGAGCUGACCCCGCUAACCUUGACUCAGAGACCAAGGUAAUACAACAGGCGGGCCAGGUGUGGUUCCCAGACUCCGCCUACAAGACAGCACAGGCUAUUAAGGACUUCAACAGAGAAGAACUCCCACUGAUGAUCUUUGCUAACUGGAGAGGUUUCUCUGGAGGAUUGAAGGACAUGCAUGACCAGGUGUUGAAGUUUGGUUUCUACAUAGUGGAUGCUCUCACAGAGUAUAAUCAAUCAAUCAUGAUCUACAUUCCUCCCUAUGCUGAGCUGAGGGGUGGGGCCUGGGUAGUUGUAGACCCCACCAUUAACCUUACCCACAUGGAGAUGUACGCUGAUGAACUCAGCAGGGGAGGAGUCUUAGAACCAGAGGGAACAGUGGAAAUAAAGUUCCGGCGGAAAGAUCUGGAGAAGACCAUGCAGCGUCUGGAUAAAACCUGUAUCCAAAUAGUGGAGAAACUGACCAGUCCACAGCUGAAUUCAGACGAGAAAGCUGAACUCCAGAAAAGAUUGGCAGCCCGCCAAGAGAAGUUACUUCCCAUGUACCACCAGGUGGCUAUCCAGUUUGCAGAUCUUCAUGACACCCCAGGCCGAAUGGAGGAGAUGGGUGUUAUUACUGACAUCCUGAAAUGGCAUAGUAGCCGAGAGUUUUUCUACUGGUAUCUGAAGCGAAGACUGCUGGAGAGGCAGCUGAAAAGGAAGAUGAAGCCGGUCACCCACACUGUGGGGGAGGGAGAGCUCAACUCCAUGUUACCCCGCUGGUUUGUGGAGGAUAGGGGCACCGUUAAUGCCUACAUGUGGGAGGAUGAUAAAGCCAUGGUUCAAUGGUUGACGGAACAGAUCCGAGAGGACAGUAUGGACAAUGCCGUGUCAGACAACAUCCGGUGUCUACAGAGAGAGCACGUCCUACAACAAGUCAGAAGCUUGAUACAAGACAAUCCUGAGGUUGCUAUGGACUCCAUCGUCCACAUAACACAACAUAUGACCCCGAGUCAAAGGUCAGAGGUAACAAGAAUCUUAGCCAACAUGGACACGUGAUGCCGAGUCAGACCAUAGUCAUCAAGAACCAUAACUCUGGACUAAUCCAUGAACAAAUUUUGAAUCAUUAUUUCUUGAAUCCAUUAUUAACAUUGUAUAUUCUUGUCUGAGACAGUUUCCAUGGAAAUGAAAUCCAUCAUUGUUGACCAUCUCAUGAGUUCAAAUUGUUGAUGUUGUUUUGUUUUUUCAAAUCAUUUUAGAAAUUAAAUCCAUUGGUGCAUAACAUUGCAUUUGUAGUUCUGUAAAAGACUUGGGACUUUUUCUUUAAGGGCAUUUAUCAGGAUUUUUAUUAAUAAAUGUUUUAAUUUCUACAAGAUGUCAUACAGGGUAUAUAAAUGUGUAUAUAAAUACACUCGUAUUUA